GAGGGAGCGAGACGGAGAGAGGGAGAGAACGGGAGAGGUGAAGAGAGAAAGAGGGUGAACGAGAGAGAAGAGACGAGGGAGGAAGGGAGCAGACGAGGGAAUGCGAGAUAGAUAAGGAAGAGAGGAACGGGAGAGAAGAGCAGGGGUGACAGAGGGUGAGAGAGAUGGAGUACGAUCUAGAGCUCGAGCGUGGUCGUCUUCUCAGCCUUGCAUUCGAGUUUGGAUUUGACGAAGAGACGGCUCGGCAAUGCCUCGAUCGGAUGAUGGAUCUCUACGGAGACGAGGGCAAGGAAUUUGUUACGGUUGAGCAUUUCGGCGAUGAUUAUCUGGCCGCCUUAGUGGACUCUGUCCAACAGGGAGAGGACUAUGACGAUUUGGAAGCUAUGGAGAACGAAACUUGUGGUGUCUUGGAGAACAUCCUAGGGAGUGAAGUUCAACGUGAUCAUGGCUAUGAAGUUUUCAAUGUGUUGAAUGAGGUCUGGGAUCAUUGUCUGAGUGGAGAAGAUGCCUCAUGCAUUACUGCUGGUGAAAAAGAUUGGGUAAGAAUCGAUUUGUGUAGCGAGGAUGAGGAUUUGCCUUCUUCGUCGUCCAAUCCUUCAUUUCCUCUUCGAAACUGUGCCGCUGGUGCUGCCAAUGCAAGAUUGGACACUCAUAGUCCACAUUUCAGUAAAGUUCCUGGUUUGGGACAUGCCAAUUCAUCAACUCCAUCGUGUCAACCAAGGUUGCGUCCCAGCAUUGUCAGAGGGAAACAUGAAACUCUGACUUAUGAGGAACUUCAGGCUUUAGAUGAUGCAGAAUUAGCAAAUGUUGUGAUAUUUGGGAAUAAAAUGUUUCGUCCUCUACAGCACCAGGCUUGUAAGGCAGCUAUGGCUGGUAAAGAUUGUUUCAUCCUUAUGCCUACUGGAGGAGGCAAAAGUCUUUGCUACCAGCUUCCAGCAACUCUCACUCCAGGUGUUACAGUUGUUGUGUGCCCAUUACUUUCACUUAUUCAAGACCAGAUUAUUACUCUCAAUAUCAAGUUUGGAAUAGCGGCAACCUUCUUGAAUUCCCAACAGACCACCUCUCAGGCAAUGGCAGUAAUGCAAGAGCUGAGGAAAUGUAAGCCAUCAUGCAAGCUACUGUAUGUGACCCCUGAAAGGAUAGGUGGUAACAUCUCUUUUCUGGAAAUAUUGAGGUGUCUGUAUGAGAAGGGACAACUAGCGAGAUUUGUUAUUGAUGAAGCACACUGCGUAAGCCAGUGGGGUCAUGAUUUUCGCCCUGAUUAUAGAAGACUGAGUUGCCUUAAGCAGAAUUUUCCUCGAGUUCCUAUAAUGGCACUUACUGCAACUGCUACUCAGGCAGUCCGUAAGGAUAUAUUGAACGCUUUGAAAAUUCCCCAUGCUUUGGUUCUUGAGACUAGCUUUGACAGGCCAAACCUUACGUACGAAGUUAUUGGUAAAAGCAAAGAUUCUUUGAAGCAGCUUGGUCAACUGGUUAAAGCACGUUUUCUGGGUGUUUGUGGAAUCAUUUACUGCCUCUCAAAGAAUGAAUGUGUUGAUGUAUGUAACUAUUUGAAAGACAAAUUUCAUGUAAGAAUAGUUUAUUACCAUGCGGGAUUAGCUGCCCGUGAACGAAUUGCUGUUCAGAAGAAAUGGCAUUCAGGAGAGGUCCAUGUUGUAUGUGCUACCGUCGCGUUUGGGAUGGGAAUAGACAAGCCUGAUGUUCGAUUUGUCUUACAUAAUACAAUGUCCAAGUCAAUUGAGAGCUAUUAUCAAGAAUCAGGGAGAGCUGGCAGGGACAAUCUUCCAGCUUCAUGCAUUGCCCUGUACCAGAAAAAGGAUUUCAGUCGGGUUGUGUGCAUGUUGAGGAAUGCACAAGGAUGUAAGAGUGAAAGCUUUAGAACUGCUAUGAAUCAAGCAAGAAAAAUGCAGACAUAUUGCGAGCUAAAGACGGAGUGCAGGAGACAGAUGCUGCUCGAGCAUUUCGAUGAGCCUUAUGACAGAUUCCGUUGUAAAACGGGUCCUAGCCCUUGUGAUAACUGCCGUAAAGUGUCUGAGUAAAUGUGUAUACUAAUUCUAACCUUUACUGUUUACUCUUUCUUUUUAUGGUAUUUUAAGGAUUCCCAAGGAAAACAUCUGGGGUUAUGAACUUAUAAUCAUGGAAUCAUAUCCUUUUAUUGAGGAUAGAAUAAAAGAGCAAGCACAUGUUCAGGAGAUUCCCUA